UGCUUUGCUUUGAGGCCAAUCUCAUCCCGUGUUUAAAGGUGCUGGUGUGCAGGCGGUCUGCCUGCUGCAGGAAGGUGCUCUCAAACCUUUGCUGUGCCAAGGAGCUGUGAAUGUAACCUCUGUCCAAAGCGCUGCCUUUGUUGGGGUGUCUGAGAUCUGAGAGAACUCUGAAAGCCCAGCUUCUGUUCUUUGUUUUCUUAUUGUGAUCGAUGAGCAGGGAGGCAGGUGAAGAAGAAAUCGCUAUCAGAAAAGUUGAGGAGAAGGAAGAAGCAGAGUAUUGGCUGGAUUGGAGCAUGUGGCUUCAAAUGCAAGAAAUGAGAAAAGGCAGAAAAUGGUGUGCUGCUGAUGUUCCCCCCAGGUACCUCAGCAGAGCAACCUGAACUAUAAGCAUGGUUCCAACAGCUGAGUGACUUGUAGCUGUUAGAAAGGAGAGUUCUGCUCCAGGGUUCUGCAGGGGCAGAAGUGUGAGAAUUAGGGAUCAGACACCAUGUGGGAAAGCAGUGAGAUCACCAAGUUCGUGUCACAGCUUCCUCACUGUUCCAAAGCCAUAGAAAGGAGUCCUCAAAGCAUCCUUAGUGCAGAAGUAAGGAUAGUCAGCUCUGCCAGCACCCAGCUGCCUCUUCUUUCCUUUGACGUAAGUGCAGCAGCACAGAGCAGCCUCCGAACAGCAGGAAGAAGGGACUUCUGUCCUCUGUGAUCACAGAGUGCAGAACUUGCAGUGCCUCCUGCUCUUCUGCUCCAAUAGCUUGUUAUGCUUGCACUGACACUGAAGCACCAGUCACAGCCUCGACAAGCCCUUCCCGUUGGCCAGUUUACAUUUUGCCCAGCAAUAAUUGUCUUUUUGUGCUUAAUGUUAUGGAUUGCACUACGGCUGAAUAAUGCAUUGUGGGCUGUUUGUUCAGCCCCACAAAGAAGCUCUGUGUGACACAACAACAGCUCAAAGUUGUUUUCCUCACUCUCUUAAAUAGUUUAUAUCUAUUUUUGCUGGUAGCUGCUCAGUGCACUGGGUAUAUUUCUUUUUGAAUAUGAGCUGUGGGAUUGUUCAGGGUUUGUGAGGAGUGAUGAUCUGUUUAGCAGCUGGGACUUGAUUUUCUUUGGUGAGCUUCCAUAGGUUUGGUGUGGACGUGAGGAUGUGGACUCAGUUAAUGAAAGGUCACUGCAAUUUGGCUCAGUCUGCUAUUCCAAUUAUCCCCAGGUGAAGACAUCCCUGCAGGAGCCAUAACUCUUACUGGUAUCAAAGAGGUGGGCAGACUGGGGUGCUGAGCUGUGUGCACACCCUCCUUCCCUCAUGCUAAUAUACUUUAAGUAUAAUUAGGCUGCGGUCAACUGAGAAGGGCUUUCUGCAAUGAGGAAGGGGCUGGGUUCUGAAUCGCUGCCCUUUGGGACUGACCCUGUGAUGGGCACCAGAUCUCCCAGUCACCUGUGCUCUCAGAUGGGAGUUUUUACAGAGCACUUCUGCAGAGUGGUGGGACUCCAGGACCUUCUUAACAAGUGCUCAGCCUACACAAGUGUGCGAGGGGGUUAUUUGUCUUUGAUGUAAAUACUGAUCUGUGUACUCGAGGUAGUGUUACGCAGAGCUAAUCCCAGAUUAGGGCCUUCCCAGGCAGGCAGGAUGCAACUGGUUCUGCUGGCUGCGGUCGUGGAGGCUGUGUGUAGGUAGCAGCACAGCUGGGAGCUGCAGAGAUGGAUGGGUUUUGUGUGGCAGUGGUACUGAGUGCAGUGCAGAGGGAGUGCUGUGCAUGGCCGAGACCUUCAUGUCCAGCACAGAAAGAGUCUGUAUUGCAUGAACUGGCUUGCUUGAAAUGGAAUGAAGCUGAAUACAGAGAACAAACUGAGACUUCAGUUUUGAAGGCUGGAUUUGCAAAGGAAAAAGAUCCCUGUACGUGAGUGAUCUAUGAAAUGGCAGAGAAUGGAACAGACUGUGACCAGAGACGCAUAGGAAUGAGCAAAGAACAGCACAAUGGGAGCUUCACAGAUUCCUCUUUGUUGAGUGAACGGAAGCGAAGGGACCGAGAAGAGAGGUUGAAUAUUGUCCUCUGGAGGCAACCACUUGUUACCUUGCAGUAUUUUUUCCUGGAAACUCUAAUAAACUUGAAGGAAUGGACCAUAAAAUUGUGGCAUCGGCGAAGUAUCCUGGUGUCUUUUUUACUGAUGCUUGCAGUGCUUACAGCUACGUAUUAUGUUGAAGGAAGACAUCAACAGUAUGUGCGGUACAUGGAGAAGAAGUUCUUCUGGUGUGCCUACUGGGUGGGAUUGGGCAUCCUGUCCUCUGUCGGACUUGGAACAGGUCUUCACACCUUUCUGCUCUAUUUGGGUCCACACAUAGCAUCAGUUACUCUUGCUGCCUAUGAAUGUAACUCUGUUAAUUUUCCUGAGCCUCCGUACCCGGAUCAGAUCAUCUGCCCUGACGAGGAGCUGAGCAGUGGAUCCAUCUCCCUGUGGGCCAUCAUCUCAAAAGUCAGGCUGGAGGCCUGCAUGUGGGGUGCUGGCACAGCCAUCGGAGAGCUGCCUCCGUAUUUCAUGGCGAGGGCAGCCCGGCUCUCUGGUGCUGAACCUGAUGAUGAAGAGUACCAGGAAUUUGAGGAGAUGCUGGAACAUGCAGAGACUGCACAAGAUUUUGCUUCCCGGGCUAAGCUGGCUGUCCAGAACCUGGUACAGAAAGUUGGGUUCUUCGGCAUUUUGGCCUGCGCCUCCAUUCCCAACCCUCUGUUUGACCUGGCCGGGAUAACAUGUGGACACUUUCUGGUUCCCUUCUGGACCUUCUUCGGGGCCACUCUGAUUGGGAAAGCAGUAAUUAAAAUGCACAUCCAGAAACUUUUCGUCAUUAUAACAUUCAGCAAACAUAUAGUGGAGCAGAUGGUGUCCCUCAUUGGUGCUAUUCCAAGUAUAGGUCCUUCUCUUCAGAAGCCAUUUCAAGAAUAUUUGGAAGCUCAGAGGAUAAAACUCCACCACAAACACGACGCCGGUGUGCCGCAGGGUGAAAACUGGCUGUCGUGGAUGUUUGAAAAAUUGGUGAUUGUCAUGGUUUGUUAUUUUAUCUUAUCCAUAAUCAACUCCAUGGCCCAAAGCUAUGCCAAAAGGCUGCAACAGAAGAUGUACUCCGAAGAGAAAACCAAAUGAGCUUGGAAAAAGGACUGGGAAUGGGCUUUAGCAGACACAAAAAGUGACGCUUCUUUCCAUACGUUUAAAAUUCAGCAUUAUUCAAAAUGGGGGAAAACUUUUUAACAUCAACUUUGAACUAAGGCAGGUUUUUAUUUUAUUUUGAAAAUAAUCUGGCUAUUAGAACAGACGUUUCACUGACAAACAUGUUGGUGUUAAGGUAAGGUAUGAAGGCUUUAUACGUCUGAGCUGUAUCAUAUGGCAUGGACAAGGUGAUGUUAAACUGUGCUUAACACAGAUGUUGUCCAUCCGAAUUUACUUCCAAAACCAAUGGUUUAGUAUUUCCUGAUUUCAUUUCAGACUGACCUAAGGGUAACCUUUAUUUUGAAGGGCGGCUCUUUUGCUUUUUUACCUUAACUUUCAAGACCAUCAAGAUGUAUAUAAAUGAAUACAAAUUGGAUAAAAACUGUUGCAUGUCCCUCGUGGUAAGGUUAUUCCAUUUGAAUUCUCCGGUGUCCCAUUGCAUUGCACGUGCUCUUGGUUGGAAAAGCCGCCCUUUAAUCGUCACGAUGUUAGCAGAGAUGAUUGAUGUCAAAAUGCUGAAGCUGACAUUUUUUUA